AUGAAACCCCCAAACCCCCUCCGUCAACAACCCUCCCUCUUUCCACGAGCUUGCGCCCUAGCACGGAGCAACAAUGCGCGUCGCCAGCCCCUAACGCCGCGACUUGUCCGGUUCCAGCUCACGACGGCAUCACCAGCAGCUGCAACAUCCUGCAUAGCCUCAUCCUCCUCGCGCACGUUCUGCACUUCUUCGUUACGGGGUAGUCCCUCCUCCUCCACCAACCCUGCCACCGCACUCCUCACCCGCUCCCGCCCCCGGUCAGUAGCAACCAUGCCCUCCCGCCGGACCCCGUCGCCGGUCAUGUCCGCCGGCGCCGCCCAGACCCGGUCGGCCUGUGGAUGCGCCUGCAGCGGCGGCGGUGGAUGCGGCAGCGGCGCCGCCAAACCUAAAGGUCCGAGCACGGCUUACAUCGCGCUCGGCAGCAACCUCGGCGACCGCGUUGCCUGGAUCGAGCAGGCCUGCGCCGAGAUGGAUCGCCGCGGCAUCAAGGUGAAGCGCACCAGCAGCUUGUGGGAGACGGAGCCCAUGUAUGUGUUAGAUCAGGAUAGGUUCGUCAAUGGAGUCUGUGAGGUCGAGACUGAACUCGAACCUUUGGCUCUUCUCGAUGAACUCCAGGACAUUGAGCGCACCCUGGGCCGUAAGAAGCUGAUAGACAAGGGCCCCCGCAACAUUGACCUCGACAUUCUCAUGUAUGGUGAUGAAAAGAUUGAGCAUCCUCGUCUAAACGUGCCUCACAUCGGCAUACCAGAGAGAGAAUUCGUCCUGCGACCUCUGGCUGAACUCAUCCCAGAAAAGCCUCUCUACGCAUCCAACCCCUGGAAACUCACCCUGGACUACCUCAACGAGCUUCCCCCCUCAGCGGCGCCCCUCUCACCACUCACCCCCAUCUCCGCCUCUCACCCUCCCCUCGCCGCCCUCACCUCCAGCCGCCAAACCCACGUCAUGGCCAUCAUCAACGCCACUCCCGACUCCUUCUCCGACGGCGGCGUUCACAACGCCCAAAACCUCGUCGCGACCCUCAAAUCCUUCGCCGCCGCCGGCGUCACCAUCGUCGACGUGGGCGGAUGCUCCACCGCCCCGGGACGGCCCGAAGUCCCCGCCGACGAGGAACUCGCCCGGGUCCUCCCCGUCAUAAAGCUCGUCCGCGCCCUCCCCGAACUCGCCCACCUCGCCGUCAGCAUCGACACCUACCGCGCCUCCGUCGCCGAGGCCGCCGUCGCCGCGGGCGCGGACAUCAUCAACGACGUGUCCGCGGGCCAGCUCGACCCGUCCAUGAUCCCCUACAUGGCGCGCAGCAACCGCACCGUCUGCCUGAUGCACAUGCGCGGCACCCCCGCGACCAUGAACUCGCUGACGGACUACCCCGACGGCCUGAUCCCCACCAUCGCACGCGAGCUUCUCGAGCGCGUCGCCGAGGCCGAGGCCGCGGGCGUGCGCCGGUGGCGCAUCGUUCUCGACCCCGGGUUGGGCUUCGCCAAGACGGGGCCGCAGAACCUCGAGAUUUUGCGCCACAUGGACGAGUUGCGUUCCUGGCCGGGCCUGGAGGGGUUCCCCUGGCUGGUUGGGUCUAGCCGGAAGAGCUUCGUCGGCAAGUUCACUGGUGUGUCGAAGCCGCAGGAGCGGAUUUGGGGCACGGCGGCCACGGUCGUCUCGGCUGUCCAGGGCGGCGCGGACAUUGUCAGAGUCCACGAUGCCGUUGAGAUGUGCCAGAUUGUCAAGAUGGCGGACGCCAUUUACAGACACUGA